AUGGAUGUUUCACUUGCCCUUUUUCUGAUCAGUGGAGCCCUCACAGAACUACAGGAGCUUCAGUGUGACAGUGGCUCUGCAGUGAAACAGUUUCCUGUGAAAAUAAAGGGGAAAAGCUCGGUCUGCUCUAGUACUUUUACCUUUGCAUCUACCGUUGUCAAUUGCUUUGAUCUACCUCAGUAUCCUUGUUUUGUGGAGUCAUGGAAUCAAGAUUGGCUUGGCAUGAAUCCCAUGCUCCUGAGGUUGCUUCCUGACAGAUGGACAGCACCUGUGUUAGUGAGCACAGGCUGCUAUAACAGUAACCACGGGCUGAUCGGCUUGACUAAAGGGAGAGCCACGGGCCUGGAGUACAGUGCAACCAUCCACUGCAUGCUUGUUGAAUACAGGCUUCACAGCAUUUCAGAAUUAGUGACCUCAGAGGAUUUUGCCAACAUACAUAGGAGAACCGACAGUGGGGAAGUGCUUCCCGAUUCCAUCCCCUCGGCCCCGGGCACACUGCCUCAUUUCAUCGAAGAGCCAGACGACGCUUACAUCAUCAAGAGCAACCCUAUUGCGCUGAGGUGCAAAGCACGGCCAGCCAUGCAGAUAUUCUUCAAAUGCAACGGCGAGUGGGUCCACCAGAAUGAGCAUGUCUCAGAAGAGAGCCUGGAUGAAAGCUCAGGCUUGAAGGUCCGGGAGGUGUUCAUCAAUGUCACCAGGCAGCAGGUGGAGGAUUUCCACGGCCCAGAGGACUACUGGUGCCAGUGCGUGGCGUGGAGCCACUUGGGCACCUCCAAGAGCAGGAAGGCCUCAGUGCGGAUAGCCUAUUUGCGGAAAAACUUUGAACAAGAUCCCCAAGGAAGAGAAGUCCCCAUCGAAGGCAUGAUUGUGCUGCAUUGCCGCCCACCCGAGGGGGUCCCAGCAGCCGAGGUGGAAUGGCUGAAAAACGAGGAGCCCAUUGACUCAGAACAAGAUGAGAACAUUGACACCAGGGCUGACCACAACCUGAUCAUCAGACAGGCACGGCUCUCAGACUCAGGGAAUUACACCUGCAUGGCUGCCAACAUUGUGGCCAGGAGGAGGAGUCUGUCAGCCACCGUGGUGGUCUAUGUGAAUGGAGGCUGGUCUUCCUGGACAGAGUGGUCAGCCUGCAAUGUUCGCUGUGGUAGAGGAUGGCAGAAACGUUCCCGGACCUGCACCAACCCAGCUCCUCUCAAUGGUGGGGCCUUUUGUGAGGGAAUGUCAGUGCAGAAAAUAACCUGCACUUCUCUUUGUCCUGUGGACGGGAGCUGGGAAGUGUGGAGUGAAUGGUCUGUCUGCAGCCCAGAGUGUGAGCAUUUGCGGAUCCGGGAAUGUACGGCACCAGCCCCGAGGAAUGGGGGCAAAUUCUGUGAAGGGCUAAGCCAGGAAUCCGAAAACUGCACAGAUGGUCUCUGCAUUCUAGAUAAAAAACCUCUUCAUGAAAUAAAACCCCAAAGAUGGCGUGGGAGAGGCAUUGAGAGUGCCAGCGACAUUGCUCUGUACUCGGGCUUGGGUGCUGCCGUCGUAGCCGUCGCUGUCCUGGUCAUUGGCGUCACCCUUUACAGACGGAGCCACAGUGACUACGGUGUGGACGUCAUUGACUCUUCUGCGCUGACAGGUGGCUUCCAGACCUUCAACUUCAAAACAGUCCGUCAAGGUAACUCCUUGCUUCUGAAUUCUGCCAUGCAACCAGACCUGACAGUGAGUCGGACAUACAGUGGCCCUAUCUGUCUACAGGACCCUCUGGACAAGGAGCUGAUGACCGAGUCGUCACUCUUUAACCCUUUGUCAGACAUCAAAGUCAAAGUUCAGAGCUCAUUUAUGGUUUCUUUGGGAGUGUCUGAGAGAGCUGAGUUCCACGGCAAGAAUCAUUCGGGGACUUUUCCCCACGGAAACAACCGCGGCUUUGGUACGAUGCAUCCCAGAAAUAAAGCACCCUAUACCCAAAACCUGUCAUCGCUCCCCACGAGGACGGAACUGAGGACGACUGGUGUCUUCGGCCAUUUAGGGGGGCGCUUAGUGAUGCCAAAUACAGGGGUGAGUUUACUCAUACCACAUGGAGCCAUCCCAGAGGAGAAUUCAUGGGAGAUUUAUAUGUCCAUCAACCAAGGUGAACCCAGCCUGCAGUCAGAUGGCUCCGAGGUGCUCCUGAGCCCCGAGGUCACCUGUGGGCCUCCCGACAUGGUGGUCAACACUCCUUUCGCGCUGACCAUCCCACAUUGUGCGGACGUCAGCUCUGAGCACUGGAACAUCCAUUUAAAGAAGAGGACCCAGCAGGGCAAGUGGGAGGAAGUGAUGUCAGUGGAGGAUGAGUCCACAUCCUGUUACUGCCUUUUGGACCCCUUUGCGUGUCACGUGCUCCUGGACAGCUUUGGAACAUAUGCCCUCACUGGUGAGCCGAUCACAGACUGCGCUGUGAAACAACUCAAGGUGGCAGUUUUUGGCUGCAUGUCCUGCAACUCCUUGGAUUACAACUUGAGAGUUUACUGUGUGGACAACACCCCUUGUGCGUUUCAGGAGGUGGUUUCAGACGAACGGCAUCAAGGGGGGCAGCUGCUGGAAGAACCAAAGUUGCUGCACUUCAAAGGGAAUACCUUCAGUCUUCAGAUCUCCGUCCUCGACAUCCCGCCAUUUCUCUGGAGGAUUAAACCAUUCACUGCAUGCCAGGAAGUCCCCUUCUCCCGCGUGUGGUGCAGCAACCGGCAGCCCCUGCACUGUGCCUUCUCCCUGGAGCGCUACACGCCCACCACCACCCAGCUGUCCUGCAAGAUCUGCAUCCGACAGCUCAAAGGCCAUGAACAGAUCCUCCAAGUGCAGACAUCAAUCCUAGAGAAUGAAAGAGAAACCAUCACCUUCUUUGCACAAGAGGACAGCACUUUCCCUGCACAGACUGGCCCCAAAGCCUUCAAAAUUCCCUACUCUAUCAGGCAGAGGAUUUGUGCUACAUUUGACACUCCCAAUGCCAAAGGCAAGGACUGGCAGAUGUUAGCACAGAAAAACAGCAUCAACAGGAAUUUAUCCUACUUUGCUACACAAAGCAGCCCAUCUGCUGUCAUUUUGAACCUGUGGGAAGCUCGUCAUCAACACGAUGGUGACCUUGACUCGCUGGCCUGUGCCCUUGAAGAGAUUGGGAGGACACACACGAAACUGUCAAACCUGACGGAAUCACAGCUCGAGGAAGCCGACUUCAACUACAGCAGGCAGAAUGGACUCUAGUCCAUGUCCUCUCACACGAUGGGGUGACGCCAGCCGUGGGACUUUGCUUUAAAUUGGAAGGAGAGAGGCAGCUGUCUGCCCAGUGGCAUGUGGGGAAUUCAGCCUUCAUUUACAGUCAGGAGAUUCCGUGUUUGGAGAAACUGAGUUUCAUACGGUAAAACGUAUUCAUGGGGAAGUUUGCGUGCUCUGAGACAGAAGAGGGCUCUCUGGAGUCACACGGGGUAAUGCUGGAUGCACUCCUCUGAUGUGCACUGACAGAAAGAGAUGGAGGGAAUCCUAGCAGAAGUAGCUGUGGGGAAAGAUGAGCUAUGAUCAACUGGGAAGGCAGAGAUUGACUCAGUGCAUGUGUUGAAACAGGUUUUUAAUGAUGUACCCCAAAGGGCCAGUGAUAUUGGUACCAGAUUGUCAGUUUUCUACCAACUGGCAUCUCUGAUGUCAAGAAUAAUCAUAAAACUGGCUUUUAGAAGUGAAACAGGGCUGCCAACCUAUUUGUAUAAUUUCAAAAUAUCCAAGAGGGCAUUUAGGAUUGGGGAUCUGAGUAUAUCCCACCCGUACCAAGGCUCUGGCUGUCCUAGCCACGGAUGGAGACUAGAUUGAGAAGUAAGAUAGACACAAACUAGUUCUUGCGGGGAACUCAUCUUCAUUUUUUUUUUCCAAAGACAAAUUCACCCAUAUUCUGUCUUCUUCCUCCUCACCCAUUGCAGUAGAGAGAUUUCAAGGAGCAUAGUUAGCCUUUUCCAUAGGGAAGUUUAUUUCUUCUAACUGAACCAAGGGGGACCAUAUUCCCACCUGAGAUACCAGUUACAAACUGCUGCUGCAGCACAUCUUGAAGCAUGGGAUUGGAGGCAGGAGGGUCACACCAUGUCCAGGGGAGCCAUGGACUGCAGAUGGCACAGGCCUCAUGAGAGCUGUCCUUCUAUGAGACAGUGUAACAUCACUGUUACAAGGGAACAAGGAGUUUUACUGAAAUUUCAGUCCAGAUUUUUGAGGCAUUCUAACGUUUGGUACUAUGUCAUUACAAAAUCUCUCAUUAGGGCUAUAGGUCAUCCUUUUUAUGCCUCUUGGAAAUUCAUCUUGGUUCUAAAUGGUACCUGAGUAAAUAGACCUGAGGAAUACAAAGUCCCAGAAACACUUGCAUGGUUCAGAAAGUCUUCAAGCUCAAUCACUUGGCCCACUUAGAAAGCUUUCUCUAUAGAACCAUUAACAUAUGGUUAUGGCUUUAUGAUUCUUCUUUUAAAGUAGGUGGCAGCAAUAGUGUAAAAUAAUUGAAAACCACAGAUAAUUCACGACCCUCAUCUUAACACUUUACUCCACCUUUUUAUCUUGUGAAAUCAUUUUUGGCAAGAUGUCCUGGUAGACUAAAGGUGAACAGACAUGCUCCUGCUUGUUUUCUGGUAGUGAUUCUCAUUAGCGGUGCACAGUCAAGAGGACCAGAGUCAGAGGCCCAGAUUAACCACAGGGCAGAUCAGACUAGAGGUCAGUUCCACUAGGGUAAAAUGAAAGUAGUCGGGGGAUCAGGGAGGAGGAGAACACUUGCAAGUGGGAAUAUGACUAAAUUUUUAAAAUAAUAUUUUUGUUGAUCCCUUAUUUAGAGAGAGA